UGGGGGGCGGGGGGCGGCCUCGGGGCGCCGUCACGUGACCCGGGACGAGGUGGAGUUCGGCUUUAAGGGGCGUCUCCCUGUCUUCACCGAUCUUCAGGACUGCAGCGGCGAAAUGCCGGCGCAUCUUUUUCCCUCCCUGCCCGUUCCACGACCACCCUUCCCGCUUUGACAGGGCGAGCAAGGCGGACCCCACAGAGGAGCUCAGAUUUGCGUGCUUACCUGGAUCCGGUAGGAACGUGUAACUUGCUAGGUGGCACAGAGGCAGGGGAAAGUGCAGAGCUUGCCUGUCUCUGCCUGGGCAGAAACAAAGAAACAGCAGCUGACAGUUCCCCCACUCUGAGCUGCUUCCCCGGUGAAGGAAGAGCCAGCAGAAGCUGUCUGUUGAACAAGCCCUUCCCAGAGAAAAAGGAACAGACAAUUAUGUAGCAGCACCACUAAGAACAGCUAGCAGUGAAAGGCCAGCAUUCUACUUGGAAAGGAGAAGGAAACUGCCCUUUGGGAGCGAGACGUUUUGCCAACUGCUGAUAUUGUUCAGUUGAAGAGAAUGAAGAAUUCAGAAUAAUUUUGAUAAAUGGAUUCCAAUAUGGAGAAUAAGAUGAAUGUUUGACCUGUUUUGAAAAAAAUAUAUUGUCUAUUUGUCUAAAGUAAUCUAAAACAACCAAACCAAUCAAAAUGAAUUCAACAUUGUUUUCCCAGGUUGAAAAUCAUUCUAUCUUCUGUAAUUUUUCAGAGAACUCUCAGUUUUUUGCUUUUGAAAAUGAUGAUUGUCAUCUGCCCUUGGCCAUGAUAUUUACAUUAGCUCUUGCUUAUGGGGCCGUGAUAAUUCUUGGGGUCUCUGGGAACCUGGCCUUGAUUGUAAUCAUCCUGAAACAAAAGGAGAUGAGAAACGUCACCAACAUCCUGAUCGUGAACCUUUCCUUCUCCGACUUGCUCGUUGCCAUCAUGUGUCUCCCCUUCACGUUUGUCUACACGCUGAUGGACCACUGGGUUUUUGGUGAGGCGAUGUGCAAGUUGAAUCCUUUCGUGCAAUGUGUUUCAGUCACCGUGUCCAUCUUCUCUCUGGUUCUCAUUGCUGUGGAACGACAUCAGCUGAUCAUCAACCCAAGAGGGUGGAGACCCAGCAACAGACAUGCUUACGUGGGCAUUGCUGUCAUUUGGGUCCUUGCUGUGGUUUCUUCUCUGCCCUUCCUGAUCUAUCAGGUAUUGACUGAUGAGCCAUUCCAAAAUGUAACACUUGACGCAUUCAAGGACAAAUACGUGUGCUUUGACAAAUUUCCAUCAGACUCUCAUCGGUUGUCUUACACCACUCUCCUCUUGGUACUGCAGUAUUUUGGCCCACUCUGUUUUAUAUUCAUCUGCUACUUCAAGAUAUAUAUACGCUUAAAAAGGAGAAACAACAUGAUGGACAAGAUGAGAGAUAAUAAGUACAGGUCCAGUGAAACCAAAAGAAUCAACGUCAUGCUGCUGUCCAUCGUGGCGGCGUUUGCGGUCUGCUGGCUGCCCCUUACCAUCUUUAACACUGUGUUUGAUUGGAAUCAUCAGAUCAUUGCUACGUGCAAUCAUAAUCUGUUAUUCCUGCUCUGCCACCUAACAGCAAUGAUAUCCACCUGUGUCAACCCCAUAUUUUAUGGAUUCCUGAACAAAAACUUUCAGAGAGAUUUGCAGUUCUUCUUCAACUUUUGUGAUUUCCGAUCUCGGGAUGAUGACUAUGAGACAAUAGCCAUGUCUACCAUGCACACAGAUGUUUCUAAGACUUCUUUGAAGCAAGCAAGCCCAGUGGCAUUUAAAAAAAUCGAUGAUAAUGAAAAAAUCUGACACUGCUGUCGCAUGUGGUCCCAGACAACAUCUGUCAUAAACAAGCACAAUAUGCUUUCGUGACCUGUCCUCCCAAGGAAGGGGGUUGAAGUCAUUUAAGAAAGACCAAGAGUUUCUUGUCUUGCUUUUUACUGCUUUUGUUGUAGCUUCCAUAAUUACAUUUGAAACAAAAUAUAUGGGCUUUGGAAUCUUCUGGCCGUAGUUUUGACCAGACAUCCUUGAAGUGCUUUUUUGUAAACUUAUGCAUAUGCUAUAAAGGCUUUUAUAUGGCAUUUAUUGGAAUGAAAUUUCUUUCAAGUAUUGCUGUUAACUGACUUUAGAAGCACUGCACCUGACCCGGGUUGGGCCAUUGUGAUUAGACUAGAUCAUCAGUAGACUGGGCAGUCCUGAUGUGAUGACAGGCAUUGUUUCUGUCUGUUACAGAGGCGACAGCAGGUGAAAGCUGCUCUCAGAAUGUGGAGCUGAGGGUGUCUGUGUCCUGCAUACCUAGAGUGUGAAGUCUUUCAGGGGUAUUUUGCAUAUUUUUUAAAAUUUUAAGACAGGAUUUAAUUUGUUCCUAAUUGGUUAUCACAAGAUACAAAUGCAUUUAAAAAAUACUUCUCAGCUGUGAGUAUCAUGGGGAAUUGGGCCAUCCACAAGUAUUAAGUGGGAAUUCUGUUCCCUAACUUCAAAACUACCUGACAACCAAAAGAUUUCAGAGUAGUUUAAUAAGUAAAUUAGUAUUGCUGCAAAUAGUUGAAUUAUAUUCAUUUGAAUGGGUGGUCCAGAGGUUUUCCAUUCUUCACAGACUGUUCAGUGUUUGCCAAGCUUUCUAGCAUAAGUACAUGUAAUUCAAAGGGCAUUUCCAGCUUACAGUGUAUAAAAACACAUUGUGUAUUUUCCAUCGGUGCCUAUAUAGUAACUCAUUUUCAACCUUCAAUGUCCAUCUCUCAAAGAAGGACACCAAGGUACAAUCUUAAAAGAAUGUUUACCCUGAGGAGUGGGGAUAAAUACCUGAAAACUGGGAACACUUCAUUUAGCCCAAGUAAACUUGUAUAAACAGUAUGCCUUGUGGAGUCUUAUAAAUAAUGCAUUAUAUAGUGUAUGGAGCACUUAUGUCAUGCUAAUAUACUUAAUUUCAUGUAUCCUGUAAUCAUGAUUGAGCCUCAGAAUCAUUUGGAGAAAAGAUAUUUUAAAGAACAAGACAAUCUUUGAUGUAUUAUACAAAGUAUUAAAUGUGCUUGAUUUUGGAAGGACAUUUUCUUUAUUAAAAUUGGUUUUGCUUUUUCUGAGUAA